AUGCACUAUUUACCUGCUUUCUAUGAGGCAGAAUUUGCGAGUUUUCUCGAAAUGGCUCACACCAGCAAUAUCUCAGAGCCCAACAAAACAGGUACUGAAGACGGAAAAUUGGUCGAUUUGGCGCGUUUCGAUGCAGAGGACGAUGAGACUGCUGUUAAGGCGAAGGGGCUCGUCCACAGGUACUGA